GGCUCCCGAGCCGCCUCAGACGGAGCCAGCCAGCGCGGCCCCCCCCUCCCUUUUCCCCGGUGUCGGCCUCACCAUGAGCAGCGGCAGCGCCGGUUCCUCCCGGCCCCGAACGAGCUCCUUCGCAGACCCGUCCGGAGGGGCUCCCGCCACGGCCCCCACCGCGCCCGGCCCGACCUCGGGGGCAGCGCCUGGAGGCAAACCCGGGGGGGCUGCCGGGCCUGGGCCGGGGGGAGGCAGCGGGACCAGCUCGACGGUCGCCUUCCCGGGGCUCAAGCUGGGGCGAGACAGUAGUAAAGUGACCACAGUGGUGGCCACACCCGGCCAGGGUCCUGACCGCCCUCAAGAAGUCUCGUAUUCCGAUAUCAAAGUGAUCGGCAAUGGGUCCUUUGGCGUUGUCUACCAAGCCCGGUUAGCAGACUCUGGCGAGCUGGUGGCAAUCAAGAAAGUAUUACAAGAUAAACGUUUCAAGAACCGAGAGCUGCAGAUCAUGCGGAAGCUGGAUCACUGCAACAUUGUCCGCCUGCGAUAUUUCUUCUACUCGAGUGGAGAAAAGAAGGAUGAAGUUUACCUUAAUUUAGUCCUCGACUAUGUGCCCGAAACGGUCUAUCGUGUGGCCCGCCACUUCACCAAAGCCAAACAGACCAUCCCUGUCAUCUAUGUGAAGGUAUACAUGUAUCAGUUGUUCCGCAGCCUCGCUUACAUCCAUUCUCAAGGCGUGUGUCAUCGAGACAUCAAACCUCAGAAUCUGUUGGUGGAUCCCGAUACAGCAGUACUGAAGCUUUGCGACUUCGGCAGUGCAAAGCAGCUGGUGCGAGGCGAACCCAAUGUCUCCUACAUCUGUUCUCGCUAUUACCGUGCGCCUGAGCUCAUCUUUGGGGCCACCGAUUACACCUCAAACAUAGAUAUCUGGUCUGCCGGCUGUGUGCUGGCCGAGCUGCUCCUGGGGCAGCCCAUCUUUCCUGGGGACAGUGGAGUGGAUCAGCUAGUGGAGAUCAUCAAGGUGUUGGGAACACCGACGCGAGAACAGAUACGAGAGAUGAACCCCAACUACACAGAGUUUAAAUUCCCCCAGAUCAAAGCACAUCCAUGGAUAAAGGUGUUUAAGCCUCGCACGCCGCUGGAGGCCAUCUCGCUGUGCAGUCGCCUGCUUGAGUACACCCCAGCCACUCGCCUCUCCCCGCUGGAGGCCUGUGCCAACAGCUUCUUUGACGAGCUGCGUGAGCCCAACGCUCGGUUGCCCAACGGCCGUGACUUGCCCCCACUCUUCAACUUCAGCCCUGUGGAGCUCUCCAUCCAGCCAGGGCUGAAUUCCAAUCUCAUUCCACCACACAUCCGGUCCCAGGCGAGCUCAGUCGGGUCUGUCUCUGGCUCUGGAACCUCGCACAGUGAGGGAAGAAUGAACACUGACAGGAGCCAGGUCACACCAGCAGACGGCGCAGGACCCAUUGCCAAUACGUCCUGAGGGGUCGCUGGGCCCGGGGGGCAGGUCCCCUCCACUACCCCCUACCCCCAGGCCACCCACAUGGACUUCUCUGAACUGUGAAUGGUGGGGGAAAAGCAAUCUUGGCCCGGGGACCAGGUGGAGGGGGAGGCCAAUUGGGGAUGGGAUGGCCACUUGGAUGGGGGGGGGGGGGGGGGGGGGGUGGAAAUUCCCUCAAAGGUUGUCCUCUAAUGCCUUGGCUCGGGGAGGGGCGGGGAGAACAGAAAAACCCCAUGGCUUGAGGCUCCCUUCUCUGUCAGAAGCGGUUCAGGUUGGCGCCUCCGGGAGAGGGGGCAGGGAAGGACCGGAGAGCUAUGCGGCCAUCUUCCUUUUCUUCCUCUCCCUCUCCUCCCUCUGGCUAACCCCAAGUCUGUCCUGAUUUGCGUUUUAAGUUGCUCUUGUUUUUAACAUCCUCCGGGGAGGAAAAAAAAAUAUGGUUUUAUUUUCCAGUCUCAUGUCAUUCAUGCUUUCCGAACUCCCACCUCCUGUCUACCCCCUUCACACUGUUAAUGGUUCCUUCUCCAGGUCGCCCUUCAUCCCGAGACGUCUCUGCCUAUGAAAACCCGGAUGCUGUAUUUUUUAAAGCGGGUCUGUUUUAUAGCCCAGUAACACUCGGUUUUGUCCCAUUCCAGCGGGGAAUUGCCCUUCCUCCCCCCCCCACCACUCUCCUGGCAAACCCCUCCCUCCCAAUCCUCCCUCCUCUAGCUCCCUUGCUUGCCAUGCCUCCGCCCGCAAUCUCUUUAUCGGGAACAAGAUACCCCCUCUCCCCCUUGCCUUGGAUUGUGAGGGGGGGCAUGGCCAACCAUUCCUCGGUCCCCUGUCCCCCCUGCGAUCCCAUCAGAGGUAGCACUGGGAUUUCUUGCAGGGGGGGAAAUCCAGUGGGUGGGUGCGCGUUGUGUGUCUGCGCGUUGUGUGUCCGGAACAAGCUGGUAUUAAGAGCAAGCGGGAAACUAGCAGCAGCUUGCUCUGAAUUCCGUUGCGUCUGCUCCCUGUAGCGGUUUUCCCUCCCUGGUGCUGCAAAAUCAGUUUUGUGGAUCUCUCGGGGGGAACGUAGGGUUCUCAAAGGGAAUUGAAGAAGGCAAGUUUUAAUUUAACGCCUGUUCCCUUCCUGCUGUAAAUACAUAUUUUCCUCAUCUAAAUCCCUUAAAAUGGCUUCCUUUUUUUCCAUUUUCCCUGUAAAUAGAUUUAAUU